CUCCCGCCCGCUGGGCUGUGGAGUGACACGGGGCUUGGCCCUGGGCAGGGCUGAGGGCUGCAAGCUAGUCGGCGGCCGGGGUGGCAGCGGUGGGCCUGCGAGCGCGAUUUGAGUGCCCAGCUACUCUUGAUGAAGAUAUGUUGGACUAACUGCUGAAAUUGUUUUUUAUUGACAAGAGACAGUCCAUUUGUUUUCGUUUACUUUUGUUCACCCCACUGCUUUGAGCUUUACUGUAACGGCUGAGAAACUAGGAGAAUAAAAUGAACACUCUGUGAUCUUGAACCUUCUUUUUGAGGAAAAAUUAAGGUGCCAGAGUGAAAGCCAGAAUGGCAUCCAGAGAGAGGCUCUUUGAACUUUGGAUGCUUUAUUGUACAAAGAAAGAUCCAGAUUACCUGAGACUAUGGUUGGACAAUUUUGUUUCAAGUUACGAGCAAUUUUUAGAUAUUGAUUUUGAAAAGAUGCCUACCAGGGUAGAUGAUGUGCCUCCAGGAAUAUCUCUGCUUCCUGAUAAUAUUCUUCAGGUUUUGAGGAUCCAACUCCUACAUUGUGUUCAGAAGACAGCAGAUGGGUUAGAGGAACAGCAACAAGAACUGUCAGUUUUGCUUGUCAAGUUCUUCAUUAUUCUUUGCAGGAAUCUAUCAAAUGUGGAAGAAAUUGGGACUUGCUCUUACAUUAAUCAUGUCAUUACCAUUACAACACUUUAUAUUCAGCAAUUAAAAAGCAAAAAAAAGGAGAAGGAAAUGGCUGAUCAGACCCCUAUUGAAGAAUUUGUGAUCCAUGCUUUGGCAUUUUGUGAAAGUUUAUAUGAUCCAUAUAGAAAUUGGAGACAUCGAGUUUCAGGACGAAUCCUUAGUUCUGUGGAAAAAAACAGACAGAAAUACAAACCAGCUUCUCUCACCGUGGAAUUUGUUCCUUUCUUUUAUCAAUGUUUUCAGGAAAGUGAACAUCUCAAGGAAAGUCUUAAGUGUUGCUUAUUGCAUCUCUUUGGAGCCAUUGUAGCCGGUGGGCAGAAGAAUGCUUUGCAAGCAAUUUCUCCAGCCACUAUGGAAGUUCUUAUGCGUAUUUUGGCAGAUUGUGAUUCAUGGGAGGAUGGCGAUCCUGAUGAAGUGUGUAGGAAGAUAGAACUAACUCUGAAAUGCCUCACAGAAGUGGUACAUAUCCUUCUCACUAGCAGCUCUGACCAGCGUCAAGUGGAAACCAGUACUAUCCUGGAGAACUAUUUUAAAUUGCUAAAUUCAGAUCAUUCAGCUUUACCUCAAAGGAGGUCUAGGCAGUGGGAAAGUCGAUUUAUAGUUCUACAGAUCAAGAUGCUCAAUACCAUCACAUCCAUGUUAGACUGCACAGACAGGCCUGUUCUUCAGGCCAUUUUUCUUAACAGCAAUUGCUUUGAACAUCUAAUACGACUGCUACAGAACUGCAAGCUGUUUUUAAAUGCUCACAGUAAGGUGGCAGACAAGAACGAGAAAGACCUUGCCAACAAAUUACUGACAGAAAUGAAUGAGGACCAGGUGUUUCAGGGACCACUGGAUUGUUUGGCUGUGUCAGCCAUUCAGGCUUUGACAGCGGUGAUGAAGAAAUCUCCAGCUGCUAAGGAAGUAUUUAAAGAAAGAAUUGGUUAUACACAUAUGUUUGAGGUACUAAAAUCUCUGGGUCAGCCACCACUGGAACUGCUCAAAGAACUUAUGAAUAUGGCUGUAGAGGGUGAUCAUACUUCAGUUGGUAUUUUGGGCAUUAGUAAUGUCCAUCCCCUCUUGGUUCUUAUCCAAUGGCUUCCAGAGCUAGAAUCCCAUGACUUACAGAUCUUCAUUUCUGAUUGGCUGAAGAAAAUUUGUUGUAUUAAUAAACAGAGUCGAACUACUUGUGUGAAUGCAAACAUGGGAAUGAGAAUCAUUGAAACCCUAGAUUCCCAUUCUUCCUUACAUCGAACUUGUGCCGAGAACUUGAUUGCAAUCCAUGGUUCCUUGGGGAGUCAGUCUGUGAGCUCAGAAGAAAUUCGUCGACUAUUAAGAUUGCUGAGAGUGGAUGAAUCUGAGUUUAUUCACCCAUAUACCAUUCCUGUGACUCGUGCAAUACUCACAAUGGCACGGAAACUAAGUCUAGAGAGUGCACUGCAGUAUUUUAAUCUGUCUCAUAGUAUGGCAGGUAUUUCUGUGCCUCCCAUACAGAGAUGGCCAGGGUCUGCAUUCUCUUUUACUGCUUGGUUUUGCUUAGAUCAGGAUCAGUUAACCCUUGGCAUUACUAACAAAGGAGGAAAAAGAAAACAGUUAUACAGCUUUUUUACAGGAAAUGGCAUGGGUUUUGAAGCUUUUAUUAACCAUUUAGGUAUGUUGGUUGUGGCAGUGUGCACAAAAAGAGAAUAUGCAACAGUUAUGCUUCCUGACCACAGUUUCUGUGAUUCCCUCUGGCACAACAUAACCAUUGUUCACAUGCCUGGAAAAAGGCCCUUUGGUCAGAGUCUUGUGUAUAUCUAUGACAAUGGACAACAAAAGGUUUCUGCUCCUCUCAGAUUUCCUGCCAUGAAUGAACCAUUUACUUCCUGUUGUAUUGGUUCAGCUGGGCAGAGAACCACUACUCCUCCACCGUCUCAAAUCCCAGAUCCACCAUUUUCUUCUCCUAUUACUCCUCAUCGGACAUCAUUUGGUGGCAUAUUAUCAUCGGCCUCCUGGGGAGGAACAACAGAAAAAUCAAAAUUAAUUACCAAGUUAAUUUCAGCUGGAACCCAAGAUAGUGAAUGGGGGUGUCCCACAUCCUUGGAGGGUCAGCUAGGUUCUGUUACCAUCUUCCAUGAAGCACUGCAACCUCCUCAGGUGAAGGCAUUAUAUUUAGCAGGUCCAAAUUGCUUAAGCCCUUGGAAGUGUCAAGAGUUUGACAUGGCCGACCUACCCAGUAAUGUCCUCCUUCAUUACACAGCCAAGGCUUGCAAAAAUUCAAUUUGCCUUGACCUGUCUACUAAUUAUCUGCAUGGAAGAUUAACAGGACACAAAGUAGUAAACUGGGACAUUAAGGACGUUAUCAACUGCAUAGGUGGAUUAAAUGUACUUUUUCCUUUACUGGAACAAAUAAGCCACUGUAGUGUAGGAAAGACUUCUGAAGGAAUGAAUGAAAGCACAGUUCCUGAAUUAAUACCACCUAUAGAAAAAGAAUCUAUGGCAUUGGCAUCCACAAAGGCAUCAGAGUCAAGACUAGAGAAAAAUCUAGUUGCAACAUUUAUCUUGAUUGUGAAACACUUUAUUCAGAGACAUCCAAUCAACCAGGACAAUUUUAUUCAGUCUCAUGGCGUUCCAAUUCUUGGUGCCUUACUUCAGAAGGUGCCAGGUAUGCUAAUGGAUGUUAACGUCUUGAUGGCAGUUCAGUUACUAAUUGAACAGGUGUCAUUAGAGAAAAAUCUGCUGUUGCUACAGCAAAUGUAUCAGUGUUUGCUUUUCGAUUUCCGUAUUUGGAACCGUGGAGAUUUUCCCUUUCGUAUUGGUCAUAUUCAAUAUCUUUCUACUAUCAUUAAAGACAGCAGGAGAGUUUUCCGAAAGAAGUAUGGUGUACAGUUUCUCCUGGAUACACUUAGGAUUUAUUAUGGACAUGGUUGUACAUGUAAUGAGCUAUCUCCUGAUGAUAUUCGAACUAUAAGGAUGUCUUUGUAUGGACUAAUUAAAUAUUUUCUGUGCAAAGGUGGAACUCAUGAAGAGAUACAAAGUAUUAUGGGUUACAUAGCUGCUACUAAUGAAGAGGAACAGCUCCUUGGAAUUUUGGAUGUACUCUUCAGUCUCCUCCGUACUAGCCCAACGAGGGGUCAACUUUUCUUACUGAUGUUUGAACCAGGAAAUGCAGACAUACUUUACGCUUUGCUGUUAAAUCAGAAGUACUCUGACAAAUUAAGAGAAAUCAUUUUUAAGGUCAUGGAACAAAUGCUGAAAUGUACAAAUGUUUAUGAACGUAGUAAACAACGUAUCCGCCUUAGAGACGUUGGCUAUUCAGGAAUGGGACUCCUUCUUAAUGAAGCACCUAUUAACACUUCUCUCAUUAAAAAUCUUGUCAAUCAAAUCAUUAAUACAGAUCCUGUCAUUAAUUUCAAAGAUCUGUUAUCUGUGGUAUAUAUAUCUCACAGAACACAUGUAAAUGUCAGAGUGAUUCUCUGUAGAAAGAUAUUACGAAUUUUGCAGACCCAGCCAGAUGCAGCAUAUCAGAUAGCACAACAAGUGGGUUGGCAAGACACCUUGGUUAGACUUUUCUUAAAACCAAAUUUUGAAAACGGUAAUUCCCUUUAUAAACAUGGAAGGGCUGUUUCAAUGAAAGAAAAUAAAACUAUGUCAACUGAAGAUUUUAAAAUGAACUCUGAAAAAGUAGAUGAAGAAAAAAUGACAUCAGCAAAUGUAUCUUCAGAUCUUUGGAGCUUGGAGGAUCGGCACUCCCUAAGCUCAAACACGCUGUUAUUUCAAGAAGAUCAUUCUGAAGGAGAAUUGUCUUUUAAGUCAGAGAAUCAAGAAGAAUUCUGGCAUAAUAACCCUUCACAUUUGAGUUUAAAUCUCAGUGGAAUUGACUCUUGUGAACUGAGUGAUAGUGGAAGUCAAAUGCCAGACAGUUCACCUAGUACACCAUCCCCAGUAGAGUCUACUAAAUCAUUUUCUUUGCAGCCUGACAAAGAAAGGAGCAUCACAAAUGAAAUGAGCUUUAGUGACGACUUCUCUUUCCUUGAAAGCCAAGAGAGAUGCGAAGAGGAGCUUCUUCAUUUGCUGACAAGUAUUUUGAAUUAUGUCAUGUGUAAGGGCCUAGAAAAGUCUGAUGAUGAUACUUGGAUUGAACGGGGACAAGUGUUUUCCGCACUAACUAAACCAGGAAUAUCAAAUGAGCUACUUCGACCAUCAGAUGAAAUAAAACUAACUUUGCUACAGAAGAUGUUAGAAUGGGCAGUCACAGAAAAUAGAGAUGCCAAAAAUAGUCCAGUAACUGUUGAAAAUGCCUUCCAACUCAUAUUGAUCAUUCAGGACUUUCUGCAGUCUGAGGGAGUCGUUAAUUCAAGCAUGUGGACUGAGAAGCUUUUAGAGGAUAUCACACAGCUCCUCGACUGUCUUUCAGUAUGGUAUUCUGAGAGUCCAGUAUGGUUAAAACUCUCUCAAAUUCAGAUCCAGUUGCUUCUGGAAUUCAUUGGAAGAGGCAGUUUGCAGGUUUGUGCAGUGGCGUCAGCUAAGUUAAAUACCCUUCUUCAGACCAAAGUAAUUGAAAAUCAGGAUGAAGCAUGCUACAUUUUAGGGAAACUAGAACAUGUUCUAAGUCAGUCAAUCAAGGAACAGACAGAAAUCUACUCAUUUCUUAUACCCCUUAUCCUUACUCUGGUUUCUAAAAUUUAUGAACUUCUCUUCAUGAACUUGCACCUGCCUUCUUUACCAUUUACCAAUGGAAGCUCCUCAUUUUUUGAAGAUUUUCAAGAGUAUUGCAGUUCCAAUGAAUGGCAAGUUUACAUUGAAAAAUAUAUUGUACCUUACAUGAAGCAGUAUGAAACUCAGACAUUUUAUGCUGGUCAUGAGAAAAUGGCACUUUAUUGGAAGAAUUGUUAUGAAACCUUAAUGGUGAAUAUGCAUAAACGAGACCGAGAAGGAGGAGAAAGCAAGCUGAAAUUUCAGGAGUUUUUUGUGGAGCCAUUUAAUCGAAAAGCACGCCAAGAGAACUUAAGGUACAAUAAUAUGCUUAAACAACUUAGCAGUCAGCAGUUGGCUGCCCUUAGAUGCUGGAAGGCAAUAAGGCUCUAUCUUACAAGUGAAAGAGGCCCUUGGGCUGAAAGGAAACUGAAUCGAAUUCACUGGAAACUAGCUAAUGUAGAAAAUUAUUCCCGCAUGAGACUUAAACUGGUGCCGAAUUACAAUUUCAAAACACAUGAGGAGGCUAGUGCCUUAAGAGAUAAUUUAGGUGUGCAUUACUUACAGCCUUCCAAUGAUUCAUUGCUUUUGGAAGUAGUGAAACAAGUUAAAGUUGGUGAUGUGGAGGAAGAUAAAUUAGAACUUCUUGAAGAAGACUUAACAGCCGGAGUAAACAUCAAUGAGAAAGAAGAACAGGAUCAAAAGGAAAAAUUGGUGUUGUCAGAAGACUGUGAACUCAUUACAAUAAUUGACAUAAUUCCUGGCAGAUUAGAAAUAACUACUCAACACAUUUACUUCCAUGACAGCAGCAUUGAAAAAGAAGAUGGAAUAGGCUUUGAUUUCAAGUGGCCUCAUUCUCAAAUUCGAGAGAUUCACUUACGUCGCUACAACUUAAGGAGAUCCGCCCUUGAGAUUUUUCAUGUUGAUCAGUCCAACUACUUUCUCAAUUUCAAAAAAGAGGUUAGAAACAAAGUAUAUAGCAGACUGUUGUCACUUCAUUGUCCUAAUAGUUAUGGAGCGAGAUCACCACAGGAAUUAUUCAAAGCAUCAGGAUUGACACAGAAAUGGGUGAACCGAGAGAUAACAAACUUUGACUACCUCAUUCAAAUAAAUACAAUGGCAGGACGAACCUAUAAUGACCUUGCACAGUAUCCUGUGUUUCCCUGGAUUUUACAAGAUUAUACUUCAGAAGAGUUGGACCUUAAUAACCCCACUGUAUUUCGAGAUCUUUCUAAACCAAUUGGGGUAGUUAAUGAUAAAAAUGCCAAAGCUAUGCGGGAAAAGUAUGAAAAUUUUGAGGAUCCUAUGGGGACAAUUGAUAAGUUUCAUUAUGGUACUCACUAUUCCAAUUCUGCAGGCAUAAUGCACUAUCUUAUCCGUGUAGAACCUUUCACUACCCUCCACAUCCAGCUUCAGAGUGGAAGGUUUGACUGCGCAGAUCGACAGUUCCAUUCCAUCCCGGCUACCUGGCAAGCUCUUGUGGACAAUACAUAUGAUGUGAAGGAGCUUAUUCCUGAAUUCUUCUAUUUCCCAGAGUUUUUGGAAAAUCAGAAUCAAUUUAAUUUGGGUCGCCUACAAGUUUCCAAAGAACUAGUAAAUGACGUCGUUCUCCCUAAAUGGGCUAAGUCAGCUGAAGAUUUCAUCUAUAAACAUAGAAAAGCUCUGGAGUCUGAAUAUGUUUCUGCUCAUCUUCAUGAAUGGAUAGAUCUAAUUUUUGGUUACAAACAGAGAGGGCCAGCUGCAGUGGAGGCACUCAAUGUCUUCUAUUACUGUAGUUAUGAAGGUGCUGUGGAUCUUGAUGCCUUAACAGAUGAAAAGGAAAGAAAAGCCUUAGAAGGGAUGAUUAAUAAUUUUGGACAAACACCUUGUCAGCUGUUAAAGGAACCACACCCUCCUAGAUUAUCAGCAGAAGCAGCUGUACAGAAGCAGACCAAAACAGACACUUCUACCCUAAACCUCUUUCAACACCUCCCUGAACUGAAGUCAUUCUUUAUAGAGGGAAUUAGUGAUGGUAUUCCACUAUUAAAGGCCAUCAUCCCAAAAAAUCAAUCUCGUUCUUUUAUGUCUCAAGGCAGCCCUGAGUUACUGAUAACAGUAAGCAUGAGUUAUGUUAUUGGAACCCAUGGAUGGCUGCCUUAUGACAGAAACAUUUCUAACUACUUCACAUUUAUCAAGGAUCAAACUGUGACAAAUCUAAAAACUCAGCGUACUAUGAAUGGUCCUUUUGCCCCAGGGCUGGAAAUCACUUCUAAGUUAUUUGUAGUAUCACAUGAUGCAAAGUUGCUCUUCAGUGCGGGACACUGGGAUAAUAGUAUCCAAGUGAUGUCACUUACAAAAGGCAAAAUUGUCUCACAUAACAUCAGACAUAUGGAUAUUGUAACUUGCUUAGCUACAGAUUACUGUGGAAUACAUUUGAUUUCUGGCUCCAAAGAUACUACAUGUAUGAUAUGGCAAAUAGCACAUCAGGGAGGUACUCCUGUGGGCUUAGCAUCUAAGCCUUUUCAGAUUCUUUAUGGGCACACUGAUGAAAUAUUGAGUGUGGGAAUCAGCACUGAGCUUGACAUGGCAGUGUCAGGAUCAAGGGAUGGCACUGUUAUUAUACAUACUAUUCAGAAAGGUCAGUACAUGAGGACUUUACGACCACCUUGUGAGAGUUCUCUGUUCCUGAGCAUUCCUAAUUUGGCUAUAUCCUGGGAAGGACAUAUUGUCAUCUACUCUAGCAUUGAAGAAAAGACCACGCUCAAGGAUAAGAACGCAUUGCACAUGUUUUCUUUAAAUGGCAAGUAUCUGGGUUCUCAAGUCCUGAAUGAACAAAUAUCAGACAUAUGUAUAAUUGGAGAACAUAUUAUCACAGGCAGCUUACAAGGGUUCCUGUCUAUAAGAGAUCUCCACAGUUUGAAUCUCAGCAUCACUCCAUUAGCCAUGAGAUUACCUAUCCACUGUGUAUCUGUAACCAAAGAAUACAGCCACAUUCUUGUAGGUUUGGAAGACGGCAAAUUGAUUAUAGUGGGUGUUGGCAAACCAGCUGAGGCUAAGAAAAUUAACUUGAGCACCAGAUGUUUAUUUAAUGAUGAGAGAGACAUGGCAUUUGCCUGUAAGUAUAUUUUAUAUUUUUUUUACUAAAGAAUUCAGUAAAGAAAACUUAAUUAAAUUUUAAGAGAUUAGUUCCCUUUAUAUAUUUAUAUUUAUAUUUAUAAGACGAAUAGCAUUGUCUUUACCUCUUUUUCCAGUGAAAACAUGCAAGUACCUGGACUGUAUUAAAUAUAAAUAUGAUAUUAAAUAUAUAAUAUGGCAUGUAGAGACUGUAUACACGUGUGUAAAGGUGUUUUUAUCUUCAAAUACUGUUAAACAUGUCUUCUAUAAUUCUUAAAACUAUCUUCACAGUUUUUGAGUGGUAUGUAAGAAAUGAAAUGUAUUAUUUUUAUUUGCUAAAUCUGAUGUUUUCAUUUUUCAUCCAGAGCCAUACCUUGAUGUAAGUGUUCUUCUGUCAACAGAAACUAUUCUUUCCCAAUAAUUGAGCAGUCUUAAACAUUCUACAUUGUCAACAAAUACUCAUCUUCAGUAGUUUUUCCUAAUUCAUUUACAUAGCAUUUGAUUUUAUUUCAGAUGAUCCUAUCUAGACAUUAUUCUAUAGAAUUUUCCUAUAGUGAUUUUCCUAAUGGCAUUAGGCAACAAUAUAGUAUUACCAGUCAUCAUCUUAAUAUUAUUUAAAACAUGGGCCGUAGCCUUACUUACUGACCUUAAAUGUAGCAUUUUCUAGCCACUAGUUAUCCCUAGCCUCCACCAGAGCUUGAGUUAACCCAGAGCCUUGCACAUAGCAGACAAUCACUCUACCUCUGAACUGCACCUCCACUCUACACAAUGGUUCCUAAUUUGAUAUUGCAGGUUGUGUUUGGCCCUGGGGUUUAAUAAAUAAUAAUGUACUACUUUGAUCUUUCUAAGUCUGUUUACUUGAUGUGCUUGCUAUAAAAAUAAUAUCUCAGGCUUAUUGUAUGUUAUAACUUAAAAUAUAUGCCACUAUUUGAAUUAUGGCUGUUUAUUCUUAGAAACCAAGCCUGACAUUCACAGAUUUAUUUGAAAAUAGGUGUUAGCAUUAUUCUUAGAGACAUUUUGUCUAAAAUUUGCUUGGCAUUCCUUUUUCUCUUUGUUUUGCAUGCAUAGAACCACCAUUUUCUUUCUCAUUAUUGAAAACAUCAUUAAUCUUACAUAUUCUCUUUAGACCUUUCAUAUUGAUAAUUAUAAUAUUUGGUUCAAGAAAUGUGUAUCUGUUUGCUAAUAUUAGUUCUUAAUACCUUUCACUCAAUAUUUUACACACUUGACAUAGCUAACAUCUUUUUUUUUCUUUUUUUUUUUUUCUUUUUCCAGUAUUGGGAAUUGAAUUUAGGGACCCAUGCAUACUAAGUAUGCACUCUGUCACUGACCUGUAUCCCCAACCUUCUUUUUUUUUUAAAAAAAAAAAAAACAACUUUUUUUUAUUAUGAGACAGGUUCUAGGUUGUGUAGGCUUGGUUUGAACUCACCAUGUAGUCUAGGCAGGCCUUGAGCUUGGAAUUCUCUUGCAUCAGCCCCUCUGGAGUAGCUGCAAUUAUAGGCAUGUUCUACUGGCCCUGGAUAGUAACAUCUUGAUCAAAGACUAAAAGCAUUAGUACCAAACUCUAAAUGUAAAAUUGAAUUAAAUCUCUUGUAGCAUUGAAGUUUAUAAUCCAUAAUGUUUUCCCACAUAAAAAGCAUUGGAUAAAUUCUCUUAACUACUUCUGAUGACUUUUGCUGGUACACCUCUGCAUGGAAAUAAUCUUGAAAUUUUCACGACUAUUAGAUGUAAUAGAGCGUUAACAUUUGAGAGAUUUAGGCUUGAACUAGGGGUGGCUCAGUGACUGUACAUUUGCCUAGAAUGUGUGAGGCCUUGGGAAUGGGUUUGAGAGGGCAUUAGGUCGGUUUUUCUCCAGUGAUGGGGAGAGAGUGUAGAGCCUUCUCAGACGUAGUAGAUGGGUGCUAUACCACUGAACUCUACAUCCCCAGCUCAGAGAGUAAAUCUUAAUUUGAGAUUGCAGAUCAGAUUUUUCUAUAGGGCUUAAUAAAUAUACUAUGCUGGAUACUGAUUGAACUUUCACUGAUUUAAUAGACUUAAUCACUCCACUAAAAAUAUAUAUAAAUAUAUGUCUAUACAUAUGUAAUAUAAUGUAUGUAAAUGAAUAUAUGACUCCAUUGCAAAUAGUUACAUUUUCUUUGUUUAAAAAAACCUAAGACCAUCUUAGAAUAUAGGAUUUAUAUUGCUUCUAGGCCUUUUGGCUAAGAUAAAGUAUAGAAUAUAGAUGUUAUAUGGUUUUAUUUAGUAUAGGACCUUCUGUAAAGUGGCCACAUUAUUCGGUAAGCUUUUUGACAGAUGAUAGUGACUUAUCAGGCUUAUCUUUGUAGACUAAUGUCUCACUAACACUCAUCAGUAAGGAGGUAGUUUCUAAGCACAUUUCAGGAUUUGGGCAUGUGAAGCUGAUGGUUUUAAUGAGAAGUAAAAAGACACAAAUUCAGUGGUAUAUAUCUUUCUCUUAAUGCUUAUAAUCUUAUGAACUGAAAAUUCAGAAGGAAGAGAGAAAGAGGAAGGACACAGAUUCAUACCAUUUUUUUCUAUGGUACAAUUUUCAUGUUAUCAGGAAAUGUAUAUUCUGUAAAUAUUACCUUAAUGCAAUUUUAUUAUUUGUAAAGUUACUCAACCAGGCAUAAAUGGAUGCAUAUGGUCCCAAUUACUUGAAACACUGAAAUGGAAGGACUACUUGAGCCCCCACCAGUUUGACAGGUUGAGGCCAGCCUAGGAAAUAUAACAAGACCCCCAUCUCAAAAAUAAAUAAUUUUAAUUCAUGUUUGAAAGUUAACAGUGAAAAGUGUGUGUGUCUUUUCAUUUAUAAUGACUUUUCUCAUUAUUUACAUUUGUAACUGUUUUUACUUGUACAAGAGGCUUAGAUGCUUGUAGUGCUAUUGUAAAUGUAGCAUUGCAGUGUAAGACCAAGAAAGGUUAGGGUUUAGGUGAGACUGACAGUUGUUACUAUUCAAAUAUAAACUAUUUUUAAAAAGAAGUCUUAUUUCUGUUGAACCUUUUAAAAUCUGGCUUAGGUAAUAUAUUUCAACUUAAUGUGUAUUAAAUUUAAAGAGUCUCUAGAAGUCAGUGUAAUAGUCAAGUUUAAAAUGAUGCUUUAAUGGCCUUUCUUUUGAUAACAUUUUCCCAUACUAUUUUAAGGAAGGUGUUUUAUCAUUUAACGAUCCCAAACUACAAAUUUAUGAAUGUCAUUCUUGUAUUUUGAAAGGCAGAAACCUUUUCUGGAAUAAACAUAAUUAUUUUGCUCUUCACAAUGUUAAAAUUCCUCUAAUAAAUAAAUGGUUCAGGCAGGGAGACAUCAGUAAUUAAAUUUAAUUGGAAAUAGUUCAAAUUUCAGAUUUUUAGUUUUAUUGAGACUAAAGAAAAUUUCCUUUGGAAAUUUGAUUGCUUUUAUUAGAUAAGCUCAUAUUGACUUAAAAUAGUUUCUAUACUCCUUCCAUAAUCAUGGCUUGUUACAGUGGAUUUUAUUUUUAAAGACCUUUUACAUUUGGACCUUUCUUUUCCUUCCUACUCUGCCUUUUAUUGCUCUCAAAGACUGUAUUUCAUAAACAUGGUUACAAACAUUUUGUAUGUGGCUCUGCUUAUUUUAUAGUUAGCUUUACAUAAGAAAACUUGUUAGGGGAACCAUGUAACUUUCUGUUAAGAAACUUUUACAGGAUAAGGCUUCUGUUUGCUUUGAUAGCGUUAGGGCAAAAAACUUAGCAAAAAGUAACCAGAUACCUGGACAGCUAUUUUCUGUCAGAUUCAUUGCUUAAUGGAGAAAUUCCAUUAAGGCAGAAAAAUAACAAGCGUAUUUGCUUAUCUCUUUGCCAGUCUUUCUGGGAUCCAGAUAGUUAGAAGCAUUUCAGUUAUAACAGGGUGACAGUGUUUUGAAUACAUGAAUAUGCACAUAGUUCAGAAGGGUUAGCUGAAAAUUCAGAAUGACUUUUUUUUUUUUAAGUACUCAGAAGCUAGAUAUUAGUGACACUCCUAUAAUCCAGCACUUGGAGGCUGAGGCAAGAGGAUUGCCUCAAGUUUGAAGGCCAGUCUGGGCUGUAGAAUAAGACUGCACAUACACAGAGAGUAUGUAGAAAUUGUGCUGCUCAUUAACUAUUUAAGGAUUUGUGUAUUUAUCUUAAAAUGUUCCUUUAUUUGUUCCACUGGAAUUGACAAUGAAAAAAAUUAAGCCUUAUUUAUAUCUAACUAUUGACUGCAGAAACUGAUUCAUUGGUAUCUGUACGCAAAA